AUGAACAUAUUUUUAGCAUUUCAGAUUUUGCUUGCACUCGCACAUCAUACAAAUUCACAAAAUUUGCCGGUGAAUGAUAAAUGUUAUGCAAAAUUUACUUAUGAUGCAAACCCUAUGAGCUUAUUAAGUGGUAUAGCUACCCCUGAUAGGAGUUCUCCAUCAACACAAAUCGCUGAAAGGCGAUAUUUCAUGCAGGAAUUAAGUUGCAACCCCAAUUCAUUAGAAUUUUGCUAUAAAAACCCAGAAUUGAAAUUUUCAUGCAUUGGUCAAUUUUCAUGUGACACAGAUUUAAAUAAUGUUCAAAGUGAAGAAGCUCAAUCUGAAGCGACUGCUUCAAAUUGUAUGAAUUUCUGCUGCUAUUUCUGUAAAAAUCUUGAAAGUGAGCCUAAUUGCUUAAAACGCUGCACUGAAAAAUUCUGCUUGAUAUCCUUUCUCUAAUAAUUAUGUGCUCAGCUCAUCUCCAUUUAUAUAAAAAAAAUAGGUACUUUUUAAGCAGAAAAUGAUCAAAAACAGUAUAAUAAAUUUAGAAGAAGCCAAAGAAAGUAGUUGGGAGUAUUUCUCUACUGUAUUUCAAUGCAUAUUCAUAUUUGUGCUUUUUUUCAGUUUUUUCAUGUCUAUCCAAAAGCAGCUGAAAAAUCGAAGAUUCUUUCCAGACCCCAAAGGAAGUUUGCUUGAAGAUCAUAAGAAGUUUGAAAUUUAG